AUGGGUUCUACCGAGACGACGAACGGCGUCCCCGAGUUGCGCUACAUUCCCCUCACUUACUCUCCCGCCGAUUCGCAAGCCUCCGCACUACGCUUGAUCUUGACCCUUUUCCCCCACUGGGAGGGCCCCGACAACAAAAUUGAAUUCGUUCGCUUCACGGAUGGCAUCACCAACACUCUCCUGAAAAUCAUCAAUCGCAAGCCCGGCCUGACUGAUGAGCAAAUUGACAAUGACGCGGUCCUGAUGCGCGCAUAUGGAAAUGGAACCGAGAUUUUGAUUGAUCGCGAACGUGAAACGACAUCGCACAACCUCCUUGCCAGCCGUGGCCUGGCCCCUCCUCUCCUUGCUCGCUUCAAGAAUGGUCUGCUGUACCGUUUCAUUCGCGGCAAGCCCUGUGGCCACGAAGAUUUGGUGACGCCGCCGAUCUUCCGCGGCGUCGCGCGCAAACUCGCACAAUGGCACGCUGUGCUUCCCAACACCGCGGCGGGCUCGGUCUCUCCGACGCCCGCGGAGAAGCUCGAUGCCGAGAUCACACCUAUUCAACCCCGCCGGGCGGGUGAUUCCAUGUGGGCGGUCCUCCAGCGAUGGGUCCUUGCCUUGCCCGUGGCAACUCCAGAGCAGCGGGCGCGUCGCUUGAGCUUGCAGCAUGAGUUGGAGUGGGUUGUGGGCCAACUGGACGAUGGAAUGGGCAUUGGCGAAGACGGCGUGGUUUUUGCUCACUGCGAUCUUCUUUGUGCCAACGUGAUUGUUCUGCCUGAUGACGUCGGGACUCAGACCGAAGACGAUGUGGCUCCGGUCAACUUCAUCGAUUACGAAUAUGCUGUGCCGGCCCCCGCAGCCUUCGACAUUGCCAACCACCUGGCCGAGUGGAUCGGCUACGAUUGCGAUUACAACAUGAUCCCUACCAAAUCGGUUCGCCGGCAGUUCCUCACCGAGUAUACCAAGAGCUACUGCAAGCACCGGGGGCUAGAUGCUGCUUCUGAAUCGGAAAUGGUAGACCGCCUCUAUCAAGAUGUCGAUCGAUUCCGUGGUAUUCCUGGGUUGUACUGGGGUGUUUGGGCUCUCAUUCAGGCUCAGAUUUCGCAGAUUGACUUUGACUAUGCUGAUUAUGCUGAGCAACGGCUAGGCGAAUACUGGGCAUGGAAGCGUGAAGUGGAUGGCAGCCGAGCCAAGGCAGGCGAGGAGGUGCCCCUGCGUGAGAAGCGCUGGGCGCAAGAAGCCUGA